CUCAUUUUAACUUUCUUUCUCAGGAAACUAAUAAACCUUUUCUCUUUCUAUCUCCAUCUCUAUCUCUAUCCGCACAAAAAUUUAUAGUAACUCCUCUGCCUCUCAUAAAAGCAGAUCCUGUUAAAGAUCUACUUGUACACUAUCAGAUAGGGAUAUAGGUUGCGGAGGAACAAAAGCUUAGCAAGGCAAAGCAAUCGAAACUGAGACAGAGAGAUACCACACUCUUACUAAGGAUUACACGUCAAAGGUGAGUCCGAGGAGGAAUCAGCUUGAAUUUUUGAAGAUUGUAUCCGGGCUUCAAUUGCAAUUAUCUUUUAUAGAAGUUUACAUGAAUUGGAUGAAUAUGCUGGUCACGGCAGGGAGAUGAAAAGAAAAUUUAUUGGGGUGACAAAAUCACUUUGUUGUGGCUUAUAAGUGGAUCUGUCUGCAAAAUUUAGAUUGUUAUUGGAUGAUCAGGGGUAGCUUUGGAAUUUGGUUAUGUUGUAGCCACCUUGGCAGUGAUUGUGCCGUUAAGGGAAGCUUCUGAAGUCAUUCUGUACAAAAGUAUAUAUAUGUCCUGCAUUCUUGGAAUGCUACUUGAUGCAUAUACUCCUACAAAUAGAUUGCUUUCGGAUUUACAUUGUUUAAAUAUUUUUAAUUGAAGAAGUUACUGAUAUGCUGGUGAUUGACUUCUGUAAGUGUGGCAUCCUCCCGCUGUUGAUGUGGUGGUAAUAUGCAGCCAUGUAAUUUAUUUAAUUUGGCGCACAUACAGGGGUUCUUCAAUUGCUUGGAAGUGUAACAUAACUGUUUUACUUCACUGGGAUUUGCACUUUGUCUGACAUACAUAGUAAUAACAUGGAAGCUGAGACCACAAAUACUAACCAAAAGCCUGGUCUUCUUAAUUGGCUGCUUCCUGCCGUCUUACCUGUGCUUCUCAUUUCAAUUGGAUAUGUUGAUCCUGGAAAGUGGGCAGCGAUUGUUGAAGGUGGUGCCCAUUUUGGGACUGAUCUGGUGGCACUAAUGCUACUUUUCAAUUUUGCUGCCAUUCUGUGUCAGUACCUUUCAGCUCGUAUUGGUGUUGUCACAGGAAGAGAUCUUGCUCAGAUCUGUAGCAGUGAGUAUGACAAGUACACAUGCGUACUCUUAGGAGUUCAAACAGAGCUUUCUGUGAUUUUGCUAGAUCUUACUAUGGUUUUGGGGAUUGCACAUGGGCUUAAUCUUUUGUUGGGGUUGGACUUGUCCACCAGUGUCUUUUUAGCAGCUGCUGACGCUGUUUUAUAUCCACUUUUUGCUGGACUCCUGGAGAACAAGGCAAAUUUCCUGUGCAUAAGCAUGGCGGGUGUCCUAUUGCUUUCUUAUGUUCUUGGAGUGCUAAUCAGUCAACCAGAGACUCCACUUUCUGUGAAUUGGAUGCUAACAAAGUUGAGUGGGGAUAGCGUAUUCACUCUAAUGAGUCUCCUAGGAGCAAGUAUUAUGCCUCACAAUUUUUAUCUCCAUUCUUCUAUCAUUCGGCAGCGUCAAGGGUGGCUAAAAAUCUCCAAGGGCACCUUGUGUCAUUAUCAUUUUUUUGCCAUCUCAUGCAUCUUUUGCGGCAUUUAUCUGGUGAAUUUUGUGCUGAUGAACUCGGCAGCAAACGUUUUCCACAGUACUGGUCUUGUUUUGCUUACUUUUCAGGAUGCGAUGGAUCAGGUAUUUAGGAGCCCAGUAGCCCCAUUUGUAUUUCUACUGGUUCUAUUUCUUUCAAGUCAAAUUACUGCACUGACCUGGAACCUCAGCGGACAAGUAGUCUUGCAUGACUUCCUCAAACUGGACAUACCCAAUUGGCUUCAUCGUGCUACAAUCAGAAUCAUUAGCAUGGUCCCGGCUCUUUUUUGCGUUUGGACUUCAGGAGCUGAAGGAAUAUAUCAGUUGCUCAUAUUCGCACAGGUGAUGGUAGCUCUAUUGCUUCCAUCUUCUGUGAUCCCCCUUUUUCGGGUUGCCUCAUCAAGGUCAAUAAUGGGUGUCCAUAAAAUUUCUCAGUUUCUGGAGUUCUUAGUUCUGAUAACAUUUGGUGGGAUGCUAGUCUUAAAGCUCAUGUUUUUGGUUGAAAUGAUAUUUGGUAACAGUGACUGGGCUGGUAAUUUGAGGUGGAAUAUAGGGAGUAGUGCAUCUGUCCAUUUUGUUGUCCUUCUCAUCACUGCUUGUGCAUCACUUUGUUUGUUGCUUUGGCUAUUGGCUACUCCUUUAAAAUCUGCAAGUUCCCGAAGUGAUGCUCAGGUGUGGAGCUGUGAUAAACAAAAAGUAUCUGCAUCCUUUAUUGAGGGGGAGGAAAAUGAGAUAAAUGAAAUUAGAUAUCAUGGAGAGGGACCUGUCCAGAGGCAGGAAUCGAUUCCAGCAGUGAAAAAGUCCACAGAAAGUCAAUCAUAUACAUCUGUUACAAAUUUUGAUCUUGAUUUGCCUGAGACAAUCAUGGAGUCUGAUCAGGAAAUUCAUUCAGGUACCAUUCAGGAAAAUCGUUCUAAUAUUACAUUUCCUAGCCCUGCAAUAUGUCAUCAAGAGGAAUCAGCAUCUACAGAUGGUUCCUUGGCUCUCUCAAAUGUGCCUAAGGAGGUUACUGGUAAUGACCUUUUGGGCACCAAGACGUUGAUGAUUGAAUCACCAGCUCCUCCAGAGAAAACAGUGGGUAUAGAAGGAGAUUUACCCACUGAAAAGAAUGAUGAUGAAGGAGAUACCUGGGAGGCUGAAGAAUCAUCCAAAGAUGUUCCUGAGAGUACAUCAUCUUUCAUGUCUGAUGGUUCAGGUUCAUUUAGGAGUCUCAGUGGGAAAAGUGAUGAGAGUGGGAAUGGUCCUGGAAGUCUUUCAAAAUUAGUGGGGUUGGGGCGUGCUGCAAGGCGUCAAUUAGCCUCAGCUCUUGAUGAGUUUUGGGGGCAGUUAUAUGACUUCCAUGGGCAAAUGACUCAAGAAGCUAAGGCUAAGAAAUUGGACAUAUUGCUAGGGGUAGGGGUUGAUUCAAAGCCUAUCUCUUCGUUGAAAGUGGACCCUACCGUAAAGGAAUUUAGUGGUUUUAUCCCAUCUGUAGGAGGAAGGGGUUCUGAUUCUAUGUUAACUUCAAGUUUCUACGACUCUCCAAAACAGCAGAGGGUACAAAAUAGUGACUCAGCUUAUGGAGUUCAAAGAGGAUCUUCCCAGUUAUGGUCCAACCACAAACAGUUGUUAGAUGCAUAUGUUCAGAACUCCAGCCGCAUUGUUCAUGAUGCUGGUGAGAGGAGGUACUCUAGUUUGCGCAUUCCAUCAGAAGAUUCUGGUGAGAGGAGGUACUCUAGUUUGCGCAUUCCAUCAGAAGACUCUGGUGAGAGGAGGUACUCUAGUUUGCACAUUCCAUCGGAAGACUUUGGUGAAAGACGAUAUUCUAGUUUGCACAUUCCAGCAGAUGACUCUGGUGAGAGACGUUACUCUAGUUUGCGCAUUCCAUCGGAAGACUCUGGUGAGAGACGGUACUCUAGUUUGCGCAUUCCAUCGGAAGACUCUGGUGAGAGACGGUACUCUAGUUUGCGCAUUCCAUCGGAAGACUCUGGUGAGAGACGGUACUCUAGUUUGCGCAUUCCAUCGGAAGACUCUGGUGAGAGACGGUACUCUAGUUUGCGCAUUCCAUCGGAAGACUCUGGUGAGAGACGGUACUCUAGUUUGCGCAUUCCAUCGGAAGACUCUGGUGAGAGACGGUACUCUAGUUUGCGCAUUCCAUCGGAAGACUCUGGUGAGAGACGGUACUCUAGUUUGCGCAUUACAUCGGAAGACUCUGGUGAGAGACGGUACUCUAGUUUGCGCAUUCCAUCGGAAGACUCUGGUGAAAGACGAUACUCCAGUUUGCGGACUACACCAUCCUCCGAUGCCUGGAAUUAUCAGCCAAAUACAGUACACGGUUGUGACAUUGCACAUCUCAGUCGAAUUGCUAGGGAAAGAAAUUCUGAUUACCUUAAUGGUCAAAGGGAGUAUCCAGCCCCGAAAUCCCCUUCUUUGGUGCCUACAACCUAUGUAGAUUCACUUGCUUUUGCUAUGGGGCAGCAAUUGCAAAAUGGUACGAGCUCUGUCCAAGUGUCUGGAUACCAGAACUUUACAGUAUCUAGAAAUAGUCCAUUACAAUCUGAAAGAUCUUAUUAUGGUGCUUCCUCUUCUGGACCUGUUGAUAGUGUAGUAAUGUCUGCAAAUGCAAAGAAAUACCAUAGCUUGCCUGACAUAUCGGGUCUUUCUGUUCCCCUGCGGGAUCAAUAUAUGGCCAAUAAGGGCACUCAGUGGGAUGGCUCAAGUGGAUACAAAUCAUCUGUUGGUCGGGCAAGUUAUGAGCCAUCUCUGUACUCAAAUUCUGGAUCCAGGGUGGGAGCUCCUUUGGCAUUUGAUGAGCUUUCUCCAUCAAAUGUAUAUAGAGAUGCUUUUCCCGUACAGUUAAAUUCAAGUUCGAAUACUGGAUCCCUUUGGUCUAGACAGCCUUUUGAGCAGUUUGGUGUAACUGAUAAAAGUCGGACUGUUGGUGAAGGACUUGGAAAUAGGUCAAAUGCAAAUUCUCAAGAAGCUACAUCCAUUGUAAAUUCAGAGGCCAAGCUUCUUCAAUCUUUUAGACUAUGUAUUGUGAAGCUUUUGAAAUUGGAAGGAUCUGAGUGGUUAUUUAGACCAAAUGAUGGGGCUGACGAGGAUUUAAUCGAUCGAGUGGCUGCUAGGGAGAAGUUUCUAUGUGAGGCUGAAGCCAAGACCAGAGAGAUUCAAAUGGCUGAAUCUCAAUAUUUGUCUCCUGAAAGGAAGGUUCCUAACACAGUGAAGAAUGAUGAUGCUGGUUAUAACAACUUUCUGAUUUCCUCAGUUCCAAACUGUGGGGAUGGCUGUAUAUGGAGAGUGGAUUUGAUUGUAAGCUUUGGGGUCUGGUGCAUUCACAGAAUUCUUGGCCUGUCACUCAUGGAAAGCCGGCCUGAGCUGUGGGGAAAAUACACUUAUGUACUAAAUCGCCUUCAGGGUGUUAUAGAUCUGGCAUUCUCAAGGCCUCGCUCAUCAAUGACCCCUUGCUUUUGCCUUCAAAUUCCUGCUGGGCAUCAGCAAAGGUCAAGCCCGCCUAUUUCAAAUGGUAUGUUGCCCCCUACUGCAAAACCAGGAAGAGGGAAAUGCACAACUGCAGCGAUGCUUCUAGACAUCAUUAAGGACGUAGAGACUGCUAUAUCUUGUCGAAAGGGACGAACAGGCACUGCUGCUGGUGAUGUGGCUUUCCCAAAGGGAAAAGAGAAUCUGGCAUCUGUUCUCAAACGCUACAAACGUCGAUUGGCCAACAAACCUGCUGGCAAUCAUGACACUUCUGGGUCACGGAAGGUAGCAACAUCAGCUCCAUAUGGCUCAUAACUUAUGUCCACAGCCUCAACUGGAUCAAUGAUUUUUGAGCUUCUUGAUUUUCAAAAGUAGCUCAAACUGUAUAUGAGGAUUGCUCGGUUGUUACAAGACACUCUCACUUGCAGUCUCAUGUGUAUUAAAAAGUUCAUGCUGCAAAUUUUAUGGCCAUGUAUGUUAUAUAUACAUAGGAUAAACAUUAUUGGAUAUGUAAUUGCAGCAGAAUUAAUGAAAAUGGUUAAAGAAAGAUGGAAAUUGAUUAA